AGCCAACAGACAAUCUACCAUGAGCGAUAGCCUGUCGCUCGCGGACGCGCCGGCGCUGCGCUUCCGGCAGCUACACCAGGAUCUGCUGGCGUUCGCUGGGCAGAGCAUGUCGGACGAUGAUGCACCGCAGUUCAUGGCGGAGCUGGUAGCUGCCGCGCCAGAGCUGCUGCAGCCGCUGACAUUGGCGCCGCCCAGCGCGUCGGAGCGCGCGGCACUUCAAGCCAAUACGGUAAAUGUGGCCGGCAAGCACGUGGACGUGUCACCGCUUAUCCAGCAAGAGAUAUGCAAGCUCAGCGACGAGUUCCGCGCUAGCGAAAAGACGUGCUUCGAGUUCUGGCUGAUGGCCAGUGAGCAGCAGCAGCGCGAGUGGGUGGAACGCGCGGAUCAGCUACCGCCUGGCACCAUCGCUGACUCGGUACAGAGCGCUGCGCGCUACUUCUUGACUUCAGAGACGGAAUAUAAGCUGCAUCUACUUAAGGAGCUGCUGCGACUGCGACUCGAAACGCGGCUGGACAAGCAGCGCGCGCAAUUCAUCGUGUCGUUCACUAACAAACUGCUGACGGAGGAGCUGCUGACCAACUUAGUGACAGCGUUUGAUAAUCAGCUGGUUCAGCUUGCACAGGUGACCAGAAUGGAGCAGAGCGUAAGUUAUUGGCACACGCUGGUAGCGGAUUGCCUGGUGUUCAUCGUAUCCAGCACGUUGACUUUGGCAAAUGAAGUGCAGAAGCUCGCGGAAUUGCUCAACACACUGUGUGGACGCUUGAAAACUGUGGUGGCUAAGGUGUCGCCGCAUAUUGUGAACCUCUCGUCGUUCGCGCAGCUCUUCGAAGGUGGAUCUCUAGCAGGAACGUCGCCUGAAGGCGCAGUGAGACAGGUAUCCUGCAUGCUGCAGACUAUUACGUCAGUUCAGGUGGCACUUUUCGUCGUGUUGCUUCAGAAAAGCAGGAAAAUGGAUCGCGAAACUGGUGACAUGGAGAUUGGUGUUGCGUUGUGCCGACGGGAGCAUGCUUCGGUGGUGAAGGGGCUCCACCGUAUUUUUUUCGAUGAGGAGUGGGAACAGAGAGGCCUCCAGAGCGUUGCAAUGCUUGCGUGGGCUGGAUUCCUGGCUGGUAACGCCGAUGAUAACAACAGCAACAGUAACGUGAAAUUCGCCGAGGCGGAUGAUGCAACGAGCGUGGUCAAAAAGGCAAUUGAGGAGCGCGUGUUUCAUACGUUGGUUGAAGUGCAGCUGAAGUAUCUGCCAGAUCGAAAGCGUGACCUGCGGUUGUACGACAUUUACGAGCGGAACUUUGAGCUGCUAUUCCGUACCUAUUCGUCCAAGAUGAUGAUCGACGUGCCAACUGUCGCUGAUAAGGCUGCUAUUGCUGCUAUGCAAUCUGAAAGUGACGGUGAAGUAGCGGCGUGGACUGGAGAUUGCCUCGAGAAUAUUAUCGACUUCGCGACGGCGUUGUGUGCUCGCAAUGCAACAUUUUGCUGUUCAUUCUGGCGUGGUUCCAAUGAAGAAUUCGACUUUCAUGACAGCAAUGGCAGCAGCACUGGAAGUAACGCAGGAGAUGACCUACGACAGCCUGAGUCACAUUCUAACAGUAUUGAUGGUGGAAGUUGCCACGAUUUCUUGAUCGCUUGCCGCGAUGCUGCGUUCAAAAAUCCUGGAUGUAUAGCGGCAUAUCUGCGUCUGGUUGCCGCUGCUGGUAACGGACCGGAGUGCGCUCAGCAGGCUUUCCACCACAUUAAGAAGAACCCACAGCAACUUAGCUGGGACCAGUUCUUCGCCGUUAUGGCGAAAUACCAGCGCCUCCUAACUGAUGCUGAGAAACCGGCUGGAUACUCGCCGCUCAUGCCUGGUGGCGUUGCGCAGGGAGUUGGGAUCGACGGUAGCACCUUCAACAGUGUAAGCAGCGCAGCCAAUCCUGGCCCCCGAUUUAUUCGUCCUAAGGAAUUAGAGGCAUUAGAAACCAUCCAGAAGCUUAUUCAGGAAGUGAUUUCGGACCCUCAGCUGGCGCUUAUCUUCUUCCACAACCACGACUGGUCUCCAAUCCCGACGUUUGUGGCUUUCCUCCAGUGCCGCAUUCCCAGUUCGCUCAAGGGUUCAAUUAUGAAGACGCUCGCUGCUUUUGCGCGUGUGCCUGAUAUCGCGCCAUUUGUAUGGCGCCAAGUAGAUGCGUUGCAGAUUUUACGUACUACAGGAGAUAUGUCGGUGUAUGGAAAUCAGGAUAUCAGCUAUGAACUCGAGCACUACGAGUCAUUGAGCAGAACAUACCCGGCAACAAGAGGUUUCGUUACGCUACUCUACGAACUGUUUGAGAAUCCUCACGCCUGGAAGUCAUUUGAGGGUGAUGGCCGCGUUGCUGCGAUCCAGUUUUACUUCGAGUUUUUGCUUGAACACGUGUUCCUGAAAUUUGAUUUGCGGAAGUACGAGCGGGAAGAAGAGAAGUGGGCGCUGGUGAACGGUACUCUUGCCAUUUUCAAGAAAAUCCUGCGGAAUGUGGACACUUCGAUGAAGGAAGGCAGCUUGUCGUAUCAGCUUCUAGCUCGGUUCUUGUCGAGCAACCCGUUGCUUAACAAGGUGCUGUCUAUUCUCUCUGGGGAUGGAGGCGUUGAGAAUCUGGAGAGCACGUCGACGGACAUGCACCUCGAGCACGCAUUCUUUUACUGCCUCGACAUUGUCAAGCGUGAAACGGAGGCCAAGCAUGGUUCGCUGAACUUUGUUAUUGACGUGUCUAAGAAGCCUAGCGACACGUACCUGACUAAAACCACAGCGGUUGCUGCGCUGCGUGAGCGAUGUGUGCAACAUGCACUUGAGAUUGUGGUCUUGGUGCUGGAGAAGGACGUCCAAUUUGUAAACAUCGAUUUGAACCGUCAGCUUUCGCACCGAUUACAAGUGGAGAUGAUGCACACGAUCUUGUGCCGUCAUCGUUCUGACUUCGUGAAUAUUGUCAAGUACAUCAAGUACUCCAAGUCAGCACACAUCCCGCACCUGUCGGCGGUGAUUCUACGUAUGAUCAGUGCGCGUAUGAGUGGAACCGAACUUGUGGACUUACUUAUCGACAGUGGAUCGAGUGCAGACAUCAUGAUCGGCUACAUGAACCGUUUGCUUAACGUAUAUGAUGACGAUGAAAAUGAUCAGGAUGGGAGCGAGGUGGGAACCGCCAACGAGCAAGAUGAGACGGAAUUGGACUCUGUUGCAAGAAGCAGGAAGCGCCAAGACACUCGCACUGUCUCUUCUCCGUUCGAGUUGUUUACCCAAGAGACGCCUCCACCCUCUAUUCGCGCCGCCAUCUUAGACUUGCUGCUUGAGAAUUUGAGCAAGCCGGCGCCAAACUUGGCGCAUUUGCUGCUAGGCAACGUCAACCAGUAUGGAGACUCGAAGGCUGCAGAUGUGCCAACUUCAUACAUGAAGACGGGGCUUGCCGCCGUGAUUACUCUUGUAUCCAACGCAGACUUUGGCUUAGAGACGCCGGAGUUGGCAGAGCGGUGCUACCAUGUUCUCCACAGUCUGAUCACGCAGGAGUUUUCGUCUCCCAACACUAUUGCAGCAUUGGAAAGUGUCCCGAACGACUAUUUCGCGUCCCAGAUCCAGUUAUUCAGCCGUGUCUACCAUGUAACGAGGAGGAAGACGGCCGCUGCUAUGAUUGCUGAGUUAAACAUGCGCGGGUGGUUUUUUAAAACGCUGGCGGUGUACUUACAUGUGGGACUGCACAAGGAGCCUCCGCACAUGAAGAAGAUCAACAAACUGAUGGGACAGUUGCUGUCUGUAUCAGUAGGCGGCCGCAACGAUCGAGCUAUUGCGAGACAAGAACAAAUGCUACUGUUGCAGCUGCUCAACGAGUGCUCGUUCCACAUCUCGCCGCCUCCGGUUCCGACCAACCAACAGGUUGUGGCUUUGGCUGAACAGGUGACAACAGCCGUGGAGCAAGGCUGCUACUACAAGUGGCUAAGGAUUGAUAUCGAGCGCUUCUGUCAGGCACUUCAGACGCUUGAUCUGACUGCAAGUGAGGAUGGAAUGGGUGAUUACUACUCAGCGUCUACCAAGAGGUUUCGUGUGAAUGGUGAUGGUAUAAGCAGUACCAGUAGCCAGAACAGUACCGAGGCCGCGGCGGAGAGAUUCAUCCAGUGGGCCGUGCAGUGGAACAUCUACUCGGAGCGAAUUUCAGCCGAGAGUCACGCACUGAAUUCGCUGCGUGAGCUGAUGGAGGUGAUUGUGUUGGACUACCUGGCGUUACCUCGCGAACAAGAAGGGCUCGAAACACCGGCGAUGUGGCAGGGUCUAGAUGCUGUUGCGUCGGCGGAGGUGCGGCAGGAGCUGAUGAGCGGCAUUAUAUCGGCAGUGCUGAGUAAGCUGACCGAGAAGGCAAGUGCUUCUGCUCAGUUGUUCGAGAUCGUUUCAAGGAUCGCUCUGAUGCUCUUCUCACAGCUCAGCUACAGCGAUGACGGGAGUCAACCGCGUGCACUGCCGGAGAGUCGCCAGCGUCAGAACAUUGGUUUUUUGGAGCUGCUGUUCCGCUCUAUCUACAGUAGCGCUGCUGCAACUGGAAACCCGUCGGCUGCGCGCAACUCCCGGACAUUGUUGUAUUCCUGCAUCGUUCAUGUGCUGCAUGUUCUGCCAAGUCGUGCUGCGCAAGAUUCUGCUUCGAAGUUUGGUCUUGCGAGCUCUGCACUGAGUCAGGAACAGCGUGUUCGACAUCUGCUCACGAACCAGGUCGUUGAUCUGGUUUGCCGAGAUGCAAGCGAUGGCGAGGACACAUUGAGCAUGGCGCUCGCAGUCUCAGCACUGGAGUCUCUGAUCGCUUUUGAAGACCACUCGUCGCUUGUUGCAAUUUUCCGUGAACGUGGCUAUCUCCUGCAUUUUAUCGACAUCUUCAAGAAGCUUAGCGAGAUGGACGCAGCAGCUUUUGAACGCAGCAACGGCAACACAAGUAUGGUGAAAAGCAGUGUGAUUCCGGAGGGAAUGGAUGCUACGACGAUCGGCACGAUGUAUGAGUGCUUCUUGUCGCUUUUUGCGCGGGUUGCUGAGACGCAGGAAGGGGCGGUAGCACUACUGGAAGGUGGCUUGGUCCGUGUGCUGUCUGAUGCGCGCAACCUGCCAACACACCGACCACAGUAUGUGGCUCAGCAAAACGCAGCUCCAUCUGUGGCAGCUUUCCAGCGCGUCGAGGCUGUAUACUAUCGCAAGUGGCUUCCGGUGGCGCGUCUGCUGAGCGCGUGUUGCGCUUCACUGCCGAAGAACCAGGCUCUUACCAACCAGGUGCUUUAUUUCGUGAACAAGAACCGGAAGCUGUUCACGUCGGCGCUUAAGCUGUGUGCUGGUGGUCAGCAGUCGCAGCCGAUUUCAGUGAACCUCCUCCGGGAAUUGUCGUAUGUGACGUUUGUUUUCCGCUACGUGACUCAGUUCCCUGAUCUGUGCGAGCAAACACUGGCGGCGGCGAAGUGGGAGAAGAUUUCUCAGUUGAUUCUUCAGGUCUUCCUGUACUAUAGCGCUGAGCUUGCACCUCCCCGUGAUGAACCUGAUGGAAUGGCUGAUAACAGUUUGUCGUGGUGGAACAACAAGCUUGCGGACUCUGUGGAGGAACAGCGCAAUGCUGCUAUCCAGCGUUUCUCGUGUGUGGAAUGUGACGAUAAGAUUUUGGAGCAGUGUGAUGCCGCGGCUGUGAAGUCCAGCGGAAGUGCUGGCUUACUGCACAUGUCCUUGCUGGACGAGGAGAAGCUGUACGCGUCUCGGAUGAUUUUAUGCAACGCUGUGGCUUUCUGUGCGAGCCGAAUGAUGCUUGCAGUGGGCGAUGGAAACGCCGGUCGCGCGGCUCCGUUGUUGUCCAUCACGAACAAGGCGCAACAACAGAACAGAAACCAGUUCCCGUCCAUGUCUUCGGUGGACCCGCGAGCGUUUGCUGCCGCUACGGACCCGCUGUGGACUCUUGCACCGUCAAUGAACGACUUUACUGCCCGGUUCGACUCUGUUGUAUUUGCUCUGGAAACGAGCAAGCAACUUGCGGACGCUCUUGCAGCUCUGAAGAAAGCAACGGCUUCGGCUCGCUCGAUCUCCGUUACCUCUGCGUCGUCGCAGCAGCGAUCUCUGCGUCGCCGCGAGCACCAGUGUGACACCACGCCAUUGGAGAAUGUAUUGGAGUACCAUGCCGACAGCUUGGCGUUCGUUGUGGAGAACAUGCUUGUGGUGCUGCUGCUUCACUUCGCGCACUACCUGAGUCACCCAGAAGCGGAAUCCAGCAGGAAUGCCAUCCAACACACACUCGGCAAAUUGCUUGGCGUUGUCAGCGACAUCGAGAGCAACCCAUUUGUCCACGCUAUUGCUAGAAGACUGCGCGAGCUGGCGUCGAGCAGCUAGUUAAGAUUCAGGGCCUCGCAUCCAGCAACCUUUUGACGUAUAUACACUAUGUCUGGCCCUGCUUCCUGUCAAAAAAGUUUUCAUUUAGAUUUUGUACAGCA